UUUUGAAGUGAAACUGAACAGCCAUGAAUCAGCCUUAAAAAUGAGUAAAAGUGGAAGGAAACCGGAUAAAUCCCAUGAAACUCCAAGAGCAUUUAGAUUGAGCCACCAGAUAUUAUGCAUAACAGCGAUCAACUUCAACCGGAGGUCCAUUGUUGGGUACACCGAGUUACAUCUACUGCCUUUGAGAGCUGGAGCAAACCGGAUUAAAAUAAACUGCAAGCAAUGCAUGGUUUACAGGGUUGUAAUCAAUGACCAUUGGGAUGUGACGAAGACAAUCAGCUACAAUGACCCAACCCUCUCAAUUUGCCAACAUGAGAUGAAACAACGGAAUUUGGUAUUCUUCUCAAACCGCCACCAGGAGGCAGUAGCGUCUGUUUCAUCAGAUCGUGGAUAUGGAGAGCUCAUCGUCAAGAUCCCUAAGGCAGCCAUGCAUCUAGUCAAUGAUUACAAGACUAUGAGAGUGAGCAUUGAGUUCUCCUUGGAGAAUCCAUCCGGUGGUAUUCACUUUGUGGUGCCAGAUGAAGAAGACACGACGGCUGAGAGGGCAGCACACAUGUUCACAUACAGUCAUGAGAACUCCUCCCGUCUUUGGUUCCCCUGCGUGGACUCGUUCUCCGAACCGUGCACGUGGAAACUGGAGUUCACUGUAGACUCUGCCAUGAUGGCCGUAUCCAGCGGUGAACUGAUCGAGACGGUCUACACCCCAGACAUGCUGAAGAAGACAUACCAUUACAUCCUCAAUGUGCCCACGUCUGCGUCAAAUAUUGCCCUCGCUGUUGGGCCAUUUGAGAUUGUAGUAGAUCCAACGAUGCAUGAGAUCACACACUUCUGCCUGCCACAACUCAAACCACUACUGGAACAUACAACAGUGUUCUUUCAUGAGGUGAUAGAGUUCUACGAGGAGACUGUUGGGACUAGCUUCCCUUACACAUGCUACAAGCAGGUCUUUGUUGACGAGGCGUAUGAUGACAGCCAAGCAUAUGCUUCCAUGGCAAUAUUCAGCACCAACCUGCUUCACUCUGCUCGCAUCAUUGACCAGACCUUCGAGACGCGACGUCUGCUUGCCGAGGCCCUGGCCAGUCAGUUCUUCGGCUGUUACAUCUGCCCCGAGACGUGGGCCGAUGCUUGGCUGACAAAGGGUAUUACCAGAUACCUGACAGGGCUCUGCCUGAGGAAGAUGUUCGGAACCAACGAGUACCGGUCUCAGAUAUAUUCUGAGCUAACAGAGCUCUGCAAGUACGAGCAGGAAACAGGAGGCGUGGUCCUCCACCCCUACCCCAUGGAAGAGACAUCAACAGGUACCAAAGCUUCCACAGAUUCAGGGGGUGAUGGAGCCACGCCCUCCUCCUCCAACACCGCCCCGUCCUCGGCCAAGGGAAAGCCACCGGUGUGGGGCGGGAACCUUCACUUCCCCUGUGCUCAACCGCAUACGGUCUCUUGGAGGCACUGGAAGAUGAUCAAGAUGAAGUCCCACUUCAUCAUGAGGCUCAUUGAGAUCAGGAUUGGCCAGGAGCUACUCCUCAAGGUCUUCAACAAACUUCUGUCCCUUGCAACUUCAGCAUCUCAUCAAAAGUUCAUGAGCUGUGCGUGGAGCAACAUGCUCAUCUCAACGUCAGGGUUCUUGAAGUCGAUCUCGACGGUAUCUGGCAAGGACCUGAAGCUGUUCAUCAACCGAUGGGUGUGUCAGGGUGGGAUGGCACAGUUCAGAGGCAACUUCCAUUUCAACAGGAAAAGAAACAUUGUAGAGCUAGAACUAAGACAGGAUCCAGGCAGGCCGGGAAUCAUCAAAUAUGUGGGUCCUCUAAAGGUCACCAUCCAAGAGCUUGAUGGAUCGUUUGAACAUACGCUUCAGGUUGAGGACAACCUUACCAAGGGAGAGAUCACCUGUCACUCAAAAAGCAGAAGGCACAAAAAGAAGAAGAUUCCAUUGAAGAAUGGUGAAGAGAUAGAUAUGGACCUCAGUAAGAUGGAUCCUGAUUCGCCAGUUCUAUGGAUCCGGGUUGAUACUGAGAUGACCCUUCUGAGGGAGGUCAUCUUUGACCAGCCUGACUACCAGUGGCAGUGUCAGCUGAGAUAUGAGAGAGAUAUAGUAGCACAGCUGGAGGCUGUAGAGUAUCUGAAGAAGUUUGCCAGCUUGGAUACGACUAGUGCUUUGAGUGACAUCAUACUCCAGUCUGGGUGUUACUACAAGGUCAGGAUUCAGGCGGCUUUCUGCUAUGCACAGGUAUCCAACGAGCUUGCUGAGACAUUCAGUGGUCACACCGCCCUCAUUGCCAUGUUCAAGAAACUCUUCAGUUCUUUCUCUUCAGAGGAGAUCGUCAGGCGGAACAACUUCAUGGACUUUAGGACCUAUUUCAUCCAGAAGGCCAUACCGAAAGCCAUCGGUCUGAUACGGAACAUCCACACCAUGUGUCCUCGAGAAAGCUUGGCGUUCUUGGUUGAUCUCAUCAAGUACAAUGACAAUGCCAAAAAUAAGUUCUCUGACUGUUACUACCGAGCUAGCCUGAUUGACGCUCUGUCUAAUACCAUCACUCCUGCCGUGGCCAUGGUCAAUACCAGUGUAGAAAACCUCUCUCCUGAAACAAAGAUGGUUUUGGAGGAGGUAACCCGAUGUUUGAACCUUGAGAAGCUCUUGCCUUGCUACCAGCACACCGUCACAAUCAGCUGCCUCAGAAACAUCCGCCUCCUGCAGAAGAACAGCCACCUACCCAGUGAACCAACGCUCUUCCAGACCUACGCACAGUAUGGCCAUUUUACCAAGGUCCGAUUGGCAGCACUAGAAGCUCUGGUGGACUAUGUCAAAGUUGAAGCCAGUGCUGAUAUAUUUUCUUGGUUGCUAGACAUCGUAGAACAAGAUCCUGUUCCAGUUAUCAAGCACAAGUUGCUUAGGAUGCUCAUAGCCAACCCACCAUUCAAGUACAAGGAACAGUCCAAUCUCAGCACAGAAGAACUAAUAGAAAGACUCUGGGCUUAUAUGAACUCUGGUACAUCUCAUGAUGCCAGGCUUCGUUGUGACGUGGUGGAUUUCUUCUACACCCUCUAUGGGAAGACCAGACCCGCUUGUCUACCAUUGCCUGAGCUUGGUUUUGUGGUGAAUCUGAAGGAGAGAACGACGGCUGUAAAUCCAGCCAUCAUGCCCGACGAAGCCGAUGACGAUAACUAUGAUGACGAUGACGACAUGGAUAGUGACAAUCAAGGAGACUCCUUCGUUGAGGUAGAAGGCAUGAGUGGUCCGUUGGGCGCGGACCGAAGCUUGUCACCAGACAUGCUAUCUCCUAGGAUACCUAAAAGAGAGUCUUCAUCUCCGAUCCACGUGGACGUCGAAGGCGAAGAUGAUUUUGCCUCCUUAAUAAAGAGGGAAAGACGUGGUAGCGAGGAAGGUGAAUUUGACCCUUCACCCCUCGAUCCUAUUAAGGUCAAGGGUGAGAUCAAAGAAGAGGAAUCUCCACUGUCACCCUUAGAACCUGGUGAGGUGGAUGAUAGUUCCAGAGACAGCUUCUCUGGCGUUGCCAAGGAUACGUCCAUUCCAGGUUCCCCAUCCUCCUCCCACGCAAGCCUACAAAGAGACGACUCCCGCUCCUCGUUAUUCAGUGAUCCGGGCAAGAUGUCUUCCCAUCAGCAUCAUAAGAAGAAGAAAAGCAAGCACAAGCACCGGCAUAAACACCGGCAUGAGAAACCUGAGAGAGAAUUACAGCGAUCCACCACUCUGUGAUUUUGAGCUCAUCCCUACUAUAGUGAGGACAGCUUACACAUGGAUGAAAGACCUAGAGCAUUUCAUCACUUGAGAUUUUGAGCUGAUCUCCAUCAUCGAGGAUUGAGGGGACUAUAGGCUUACAGCAAUUCAUCGACUUGUGAUUUUGAGCUGACCUGUAUUGUAGUUGGGAAUGGCACACAUGGACUGUAGAUUCACUGCUAUCCAAAUUGUUCAAGCAUAUCCCUAUCAUAGAGAGGACAGAUCACACAUGGACUGUUGACUUACAGCAAUCCAUCAACUUGUGAUUUUUAGUUUAUCCCUACCAUAAAGAGGACACUCAGAUCACAAAUGGACUGUUGACUUACCGCAAUCCAUCAACUUGUGAGUUUGAGCUGAUCCACAUCGUAGCUUGGAAGGUCACAGAGGGACUAAAGAAUCACAUCAAUUCGUUAACUUGUGAUUUUAACCUCAUCUCUACCAGAGAGGGGACAGCUCACACAGGGACGAAAGACUUUUCAGCAUUCUUUUAGCAAUCAAUCAACUUGUCAUUUGAGCUUAUCUCUAUCAUAGAAGGGACAGCUUCCAGCAAUCCACCAAUUUGAGCUGAUCCCUAGUGUAGAGGGAGAGCUCAAACGGGGACAAAGACUAAAUAGCAAUCCAUCAACUUCCAAUUUUUAGUUUAUUCCUACCAUAGAGGGAUGGCUCACAAAGGGACGGUAGAGCAAUCCAUCAAUUUGAGAGUUUAAGCUGUUCCCCAUCAUAGAGAGGACAGCUCACACAUACGGACUGUAGACUUACCGCAAAUCAUCAACUUGUGAGUUUUAGCUUAUCCUUAUCAUAGAGGGGACAGUGCACACAGGGACUAAUGUGAAUUAGAGCAAUCUACUACAUUGUUAUUUUGAGCAUGUCCCUGUCAUUAAUAGGACAGCGCAGACAAGGGCGUGUGACAUGCUGCAUAAGUGGUGAUUGAUCCAAUCGACUCAACUAUGGAAAGCCAGUGACCCCAACAUUUAUAAAAUGCAUCAUACUUUCAAAGUGUAUUCUGAAUAUGGUGAACACAGACAUGCAUGUAUCAUUAUCCUGACAAACCAGUGUGCUGUGGUUUGUUUUCAAAGAGAAUAUGUCUACUUAUUGUGUCGAAAUGUCGUGCUGUAGCUGUUCUGGCUCUCGCCUUGUAAUCAGAGGGUCGUGUGUUCGAAUACCACCAUGGCCUGGCGUCCUUUGGUGAGGCAUCAAUCCACACUUUGCCACUCUCACCCAGGGUCCCAUAACACAAAGGUUAGCGAUUGAUCGUACGCUUGAUUGUACAUUGUAGUCUAUGGAAUCAAUCGUAGAAAAAUGAUCAUUGUGAAGUUUUGUGUUACGGGCCUUAGGUGGGAAACCGUCAUUGUGGUCGGUUUAGCAAGUGGGCACCUAACGGGCUUCUAAAAGCUGCAUGUAUGAACUAUGAAUCCAGUGACCUGAUAAUAAUAAUUGUGAAGCAUUUUUAGCAUUCCAAGACUGUUAUUAUUAUUCUAUUUGAAGAAAUACGACAUUUAUGGAUUUCCAUAUUUGAGAAUGAUCAGAUCAAUCACAUCUCUUUGUGAGAGGCAGCCCUGUUUUACCAUCCCAUUGCGUUGGUAUUAUCAAAGAAAAGAUGAAUUAAUAAUCAUAAGAAAUGCUGACACAGGUAUUGGCAAUACUUUGGGCAAGAGAUGGGUUAUCGUUGAGCCCUUGGUUUGAAGGAAACUGUUUUUAUGCUCAGUAUCUAUGUAAUCACAAGAAGGCAGGCAAGAGCACAUUAAUGGGUUGUUAUCCUACAACUGUCAUCACCAUCAUCCUCAGAAGCAUAAUAAUAAUAGGCAUAUAGUGCCAUCUAUCUAGAAAUAUUCUAUUCCAAGG